AUGUUGGUGGCACCAGUUCCGGCAACUCCAGGCUCCACCCCUUUUAUCUACACUCUUCCACUAGGGAUCGUCAUGUUAGGGCUGAUUCCGUUCGUCUAUAUAGGAUACCGUAUUUGUAGGACCGUUUUUGCCUUUCUUCAUGCAGUUCUGAUCUAUCUAGUGGCUCCACUAUUCUACUCUCCCGACUUUUCUCGGUACCAAAAUCGAUGGACAGUCGUAACCGGUGGAACAGAUGGCAUCGGCAAAGCCUACACUUUGGAAUUGGCUAAACGUGGUCUCAGAAAAUUCGUGCUCAUUGGCAGAAGUCAGGAGAAACUAAACGACAUCAAAACUCUUUUGGAGCUCUCCUACAAAUGUCGGGUGAAAACCUACGCGUUCGACUUUGCCAAGGACGAUUUCGAUCAGCUGCGAGAGUACAUUUCGGACAUAGAUGUCGGGUUUGUAGUGAACAGUGUGGGAGUCGGCCGUGAGAAUCUGGAACGAUACGGGGACAAACCCGAAGAGGAUAGGGAGAUCUUGAAGAUCAACGCAUUGGGAUCAGCUGAGUUCUUAUCAUUGGUCCUGCCUUCAAUGGAAAAAUCUGGAGGAGGUCAGAUUGUCGUACUUUCGUCAUCGCAAGGAUAUCGACCCAUUCCAUUUUUGGCUUCAUAUUGCGCUUCCAAAGUAAGUUCGAAGUUUUUUUUAGAAAUUCUUAGGUAGAU